AUGGAAGGAAUCAGGUUUGCUGAUGUGCUACAAUCCUUUGAAAAGAAAACAGAAGAUGGCGAAUAUGUGAGUGUGGAAAGAGAUUACAACGAAAGAAAGGUGAUAGAAAACGAUGUCAAGCGCACAGAGCUGCUGGGUGUGGACAAGAGGAAUCAGGAGGCAAUUAAGAUUCUGAAGAGGCUGCUUUUUGUGGAGCUAGACAAGAUUCCAGUUAAGUACACACAGGGGAUGAGUGAGGUUGCGUCUGUGUUUGUCCUCUACUACUUUCAGGAAAUUGUUGAGGAAGAAGUGGCCAAGGGAAUGUUUAUCGCCGAGCGGGAAGAGAAGCCUGAGGGAGAAGCUUCGACGGCGGAAGGCUUUUCGGAGCAUUUUAUUGAGCUACCUGAAGAGGAAACCACAGAGCUUAAGAAAUUUCUUUCAAGGCACAAGGACAUAAUAGCCAAGCUUGGGGUGGUGCUUACAAACGUGUUCAAAAGAAAGCUGGAGCCAUUAGUUGCAAACGACUUCAAGCUGUACAAGGAGAAUAUGAAGAUAUUUGUGGAGAUGAUGAAGAAGCGGGGAGUGAAGAUUCCAGAGCUGGAAAGCUACAAGUUCAUGGGAUCUAUUCUGACGUUUUUCUUAAGAAACCUGACGAAGAUGGAGGAUGUCCACAAGGUGUUUGAAAUAAUCUUGUCAUGUCCCAACACCUGCCCGUUUCUUUUGUUAGUACUUUUUUAUGGCCAGAUCUCGAGUGGCAAGGCUAUAGAGAGUAUAAAUAACAAGCUGUUCCCGAAGGUGGUUAAGCUUGAGGAAGAGUUUAUUGAGACUCGGAAAAGAAUCGAAAGCAAGGAGGUUUGCCCUUCAAAAAGGAAAAUCAUGCUGAUAGGCGGAGUUAUUAGUAUAAUCACCGCGGUUGUUGUGUAUAAGAUAACAAGAAAGGAAUAA